AUGGCACAGGUGACAAAAUCCCAAACCUUCCAAGCUUAUCUGCCAAACUGCCAUCGCACAUAUAGCUGUCUCCACUGCAGGGCCCACCUGGCCAAGCACGACGAGCUCAUCUCCAAAUGCUUCCAGGGAUGCCAGGGCAGUGCCUACCUCUUCAGUUUUGUGGUGAACGUGAGCUGCGGUCCAGCGGAGGAGCGUGUCCUGAUCACAGGCUUGCACGCCGUCUCGGACAUUUACUGUGAAAACUGCAAAACCACCCUGGGCUGGAAAUACGAACAUGCCUUUGAGAGCAGUCAGAAAUAUAAGGAAGGAAAAUGUAUCAUUGAGCUCGCCCACAGGAUCAAGGACAAGGGCUGGGAGUAG